CGCGGCUGCCUGGGGACAGCAGUCCCCUCCGUCAGGAUCAAUCACCCUAAGCCUGUCUGAGGAGCAGUCGGCUUAGGAGCAGCCGUGAAAGCCGCCUUUGUGCCCGAGGAGAAUGAGCCGCAGGAGGACGGGGGCCCCUGGCCCAGGGCACCCCUCGGGCCCCGGAUCCUGAAAUAACACCGAGGGGAGGACACCCCGGCCUGGCCCCGGGCCCAGCCAAGCCCGGUGCCUGCUUUGUGCCAUGGGAGCUGCCCAGGGGAAGAAGAAAGAAUACUCUCCCCAGGCUGUAUUUCAUAAUGAAAAUGAGAAGCAGAGACUAAAUGGCUCAGCCUCCAUGUACUCUGAGAUCCAGAGGGAGCGGGCCGACAUCGGAGGCCUGAUGGCCCGGCCAGAAUACAGGGAGUGGAACCCAGAGCUCAUCAAGCCCAAGAAGCUGCUGAACCCCGUGAAGGCCUCCCGGACCCACCAGGAGAUGCACCGCGAGCUGCUCAUGAACCACAGAAGGGGCCUGGGUGUGGACAGCAAGCCGGAGCUGCAGCGCGUCCUGGAGCACCGUCGGCGGAACCAGCUCAUCAAGAAGAAGAAGGAGGAGCUGGAGGCCAAGCGGCUGCAGUGCCCCUUCGAGCAGGAGCUGCUGAGACGGCAGCAGAGGUUGAACCAGCUGGAGAAACCCCCAGAAAAGGAAGAGGACCAUGCCCCUGAAUUUAUUAAAGUCAGGGAAAACCUGCGGAGAAUCACCACUUUGACCAGUGGAGAGAGGGCACUGUAGAGCCGGCUCCCGGAGCUCCAGCGCCCCCCAGCCCACCCGGCCCCCACCGCGCCCUCCUGUACGCGGCAGCCCUGGCCCCCAGACCCGGCUCUGCGGCGUUCACGCUCGCUCCUGGAAAAACGCAUCGCCACAGAGGGCUGCCCCCCCGCCCCACCCCCAGAAGAUGGGGGAUCCUGAAUGCAGGCUUUUCCUUCUAGUGCUCAUUGCUCCUGCUCCAAGCAGCAGCCACUGCUAAGGGAGCUUUCCCCAGGCUCCCUCCUUGAGGGGCUGCUGAGCCCUGCCAGGAUGCUUCGGGCAGAGCUGAGAAGGGACCAGUGCCCCUCUGGCUGGACGAGCUGUCCAUUCUGCCCAGGCCCCAUGGGGGGCACUUACCUUGAAAGCCUGAGGGGAGAACGGUAUGUCCUAAGGAAGGGCGGGGCGGCCCAAGGCCGCCCUCCAAGGCAGAGGCGCACUAACAAAGUCAGCUUCGGCCUCUCCCCACCCCUUCACCUUCAUCCCUCCACGCUCCCCCUGCCCCCAUCCUACCCCAUCCAGACCCUGUAACCACAGCAGCCCAGGGCUGCAGCCGCUCUGCUUCUGGAAGUUAGAACAGUGCUACUUGAACUUUACUGUGCCUAUGAUUACCAGGGCCCUUUGCUAGAAGACGGCUUCUGAUCCCACAGGUUGGGGUGAGAGCUGAGAAUCUUGUUUCUAACAAGCUCCUGGACUGCCACUCUGAGGCCCACACUGUCCCUGGCAAAAUGCAGGAUCCGAGGCGAAUAUAAGCCUCCCCCCCCCGCCCCAGCUCCCGUGACCCCCAUCCUGGAGAUUCCCAUCCGCCUCUAAGGCGCUCUUUAUUUUCCUCCCACCCCAGGGGCCCUGGGCCCGGGAACACCCCUAGCUAGGAAGUGGUGUUGGUUAUGUGACCAGAGAUGCAUGUAAUUGCCAAUCUGCCUUUCUCACCAUACUGAUGCAAUUCUAGCCAAAAAAACUCACAAAACUUUUUUAAAAGAAUCUUUCCCCAAAGUCUACAAAAAGCAAAUAUAUAGUGAUUUUCAACAGGCUUUGGAAAACAUAAAAAACCAGUCUGAAGGCCCCACCACCACCCUGACACCCUGGCCCCGCUGAUCGGCCUGAGGCCAACUCCGUGAACUCAGUCACGCGUUCUUCCUCCAAACUCGCCUCCCAGCACUAGACCAAAUGUUUGAACUUUCGCUUCUGUCCCAUAUUUAAAGAUCUGGAGACCCACCAGGCCUUUUCCUUUUCCCCUGAAGAAUAAAACCCCUGCCCCAUAGCUCAGUUGGUAAAGAAUCCGUCUGCAAUAUGGGAGACCUGGGUUCAAUCCCUGGGUUGGGAAGUUUCCCUGGAGAAGGAAAUGGCUACCCACUCCAGUGUUCUUGCCUGGAGAACCCCAUGGUCAGAGGAGCCUGGCGGCUUACAGUUCAUGGGAUCGCAAGAGUCGGACAUGACUUAGUGCUAGGUAACAGGGCACUAGUAGAAAAGCAUUUCCUUUUACCCCCCACCCCGCCCACCAAGACUGCUGGACAGAGCUGCCGCUGGGAUGCAGCCUGGCACCUGGACCGAAGGUGGGAGGGAAGGGACCGCCCUGGGUGGCUGGAGGGUGACCAGAGACAUCGUCCUCCUGUGUGUGCUGAGGGGCAUGAAUACAGACAUGCUGGCUCUAAAAGGCUCUUGAAUGUGACCAUUUUGGUGAGAAGGAGGGAACACUGUUUUACAUGUGUGUCUGGCAAGGGUCAUGCUAAAAAUGUACAACCCCUGCUUAAAGACCACCACUUCCCCAAAGAAGUCGCCCCAUGUCAUUCAGACCUGAGGAGAACGAGACUGAGCCUCUAGGAUGGAGUAGCCCCCAAGGGAAUGCUUGGGGGUUCACCGUGGGCCCGUGAGGUGCUCCAUGGGGGCAGCAGGGCACGGAGACAAAGCCCUGGCAGUAUUAGAACAGACCUCGAGUACCACGGCGUCCACCGAGCCCGACAGACACCCUUGAUCCUGCCCCAGGGCUCAGUCUCCACUCCUCCUCGCCAGCCAUCUCCCACAGCAGAGGCUGCAAACACAGCGUUUCACUGCUGCAGCCUCCUCUGCAGUUUGGGGCGACCAUGCGACCAGGUAGGGCCAGUGACAUUUACAACGAAGUCUACAGGGGGUCCUGGAAAGCUUGUUGUUCUGACAAAACAGACAGACUGGUUAACACCCCAUUGCCCCUCCCUCCCUCCAUUGAGGCUGGGAUGGCUGGAGCCACAGCAGCCAUGUUGCAACUAUGAAGAAAAAGGCCGAGAGAAUCUCAAAGACACGGGCCCGACUGUCAUGCGACCAAGCCAAUGCCAGCAGCCAUCCUCCUCCCAGAUUCUUGUAAAUACAAAUAAAUCCCCCUUGUUUA